AGUAGUUCCGGGAAGGUUCCCGGAUGUUUGCUGUCGAGUGGAGAGCAGACGGGAAAAGGUGUUGAAACCGAGGGACGGUACUGACCGACACACCGGCCAAUGUAAAGCAAGUCCAACUCGGGACAAGCAACGAAAGUGCGAACGCCAGGGGGGUAAAGGAGCCCAACCCCCUGGGGAAAGAAGAAUUAGGUGGACCACUUGGGACUGUUGUUCCAGCCCGAACCUGGACCGGUCCGUUGAUAUACCCGGGGACUGCAGUCGGACUCUCCGCGCAGCACAAGAGCCGUGAGCUGAGGGAGGUUGUGCUCUUGCCCUCUCUCACCUGGCCCCCCCCUCCCCUCCCCCCUGCCCGUAGCGCACCGAUCCCGGUCCCGCCCCCCGCCCCCCCCAUCCUCGCGGGCAGGCAUGACGUCAGAGCUGGAGAGCAGUUUGACGUCCAUGGAUUGGCUGCCGCAGCUCACCAUGCGGGCGGCCAUCCAGAAGGCCGACGCCCAGAACGCCCACGGGCCGGGCGUGGCCAAGAAGGGCGCCCUGCUGGACCCCAACACCACGCUGGACCAGGAGGAGGUGCAGCAGCACAAGGACGGCAAGCCGCCCUACAGCUACGCCAGCCUCAUCACCUUCGCCAUCAACAGCUCCCCGAAGAAGAAGAUGACCCUGAGCGAGAUCUACCAGUGGAUCUGCGACAACUUCCCCUACUACAGGGAGGCGGGCAGCGGCUGGAAGAACUCUAUACGGCACAAUCUGUCACUGAACAAGUGUUUUCUCAAAGUGCCUCGAUCGAAAGACGACCCCGGAAAGGGGUCCUACUGGGCGAUCGACACGAACCCUAAAGAGGAUGCCCUCCCCACGAGGCCGAAGAAGAGGCCGCGGUCCGGAGAGCGGGCCUCCACGCCGUACAGCUUGGACUCGGAUUCCCUGACAAUGGACUGUAUUAUGUCUGGAAGUGCCUCUCCGACUUUGGCAAUCAACACUGUGACUAACAAGGUAGCAUUGUACAACACCGACCAGGACGGCAGCGACAGCCCGCGCAGCAGCCUUAACAACAGCCUGUCCGACCAGAGCAUGGCGUCGGUCAACUUGAACAGCGUGGGCAGCGUGCACGGCUACACUCCGGUCACCAGCCACCCCGAGCCCGUGUCGCAGUCCUUGAGCCUCCAGCAGACCCCUCCCCCCCAGUACAGCAUGCAGGAGCGGGAAAAGCAGCUGCUCUUCUCCGACUUUGAAGAUCUCAGUGCCUCUUUCCGCAGCCUUUACAAGUCCGUCUUUGAGCAGUCCUUCAGCCAAGGAGUUAACUCCUUCAGUCAGCAGGGUCUGAUGGGCCUGCCGUCGGAUUCGGCUCCUCAGACGCACACCUCCUGCUCGUACCAGCAGGCCCCCGGUGGCGCCCUCAGCUCCCACCCCCACGGCGGCCAGAACAGCAUCGCCAACAGCGGCGGGCAGGUGCCCCUGUCCCACCCCCAGAACGCCCACGGCUCGCCCCACGGCCAGCCCCACGGCCAGCACCUGCCCCAGCACGGCCAGCACCACGCCCCCCAGCACGGGCCCCACCCCUCCCAGCACGGGCCGCACCCCCAGCAGCACGGGCCCCACCCCUCCCAGCACGCGCAGCAGCUCGGACAGCACCCGUCCCAGCAUGCACCUCACCCCCAGCAGCACCAGAACCACCAGCAUCCGUCCCUGUCGCACCCGCAGCACCCCGCGCAGCAGCAGAUGUCCUGCAAUGCAGGGCUCCCCACUGACUGGUACCCCAAUCUUGAUGCACUGAAAGAGAGCUGCAGGAUCGCCAGCAGCUACAACUGGGCAGAUGUGGAUCUCUCGCCCUUUCAAGGGCUGAAGGAGAGCAUGAGGCAGGCGGAUCUCAACAACUGGUCCCUGGACCCUGCUCAGAUCGCAGACCUCUGCUCUUCAAUCAACCAGUUCUUCACCCGCACUGGAGUCAUCCCACCACAGGGGGCAGUGCAGCCGCCCGUGUGCCACAGUUCCAUGCAUCCCAACAAGCCCAACCAGCACAACCAGCACAUCAACACAGGAAAUCUCUACAUGGACACCAGACAAAACAUGUCCCCUAUGAUGGGCCCCCCAGGGUACCCCCACAUGCCCCCCAUGAGCAGUGCGGGUCCCACCAUGACAGGACACCAUCCGCAGAUGAACCAGCAGCACAUGAUCUCUCCUGGAAACUUCCAGAUGCGGCGCAUGCCUGCAGACGACAUCCAGGACGACUUUGACUGGGACUCCAUCGUGUAGGCCGGGGGGGGCUGCGCAUGGGGGUAACCGAGAGGCACAGGAGAGCCAGGCUGGGACUGCCACGCCCCGUGGAGGGAGACAAUCUGGGACAGGAGACGCCACAAGUACAAGUUCCUGAUCCCGAUCUUUUUACAAAAAAAAAAUAAACAAAUGAAUAAAAAAAAAACCGAAAGUUACUUUGAAGACAAUCAUAUUUAGGAGGACAAAGAUAAAAAUGAUCGCUUUUGCACUUGCCGGCGACGGCAAGUGAACUAAUGACACCUCCCACUCCACCUUCCCAUCCCUUCCCCCACUCCCCCCCCCCCCUCACCCCCUCACCCCCUCAAAAAUCCCGAAUCUCUCUUUUUUGACGGAGCUCUCUGAGCUUCUUAACUAUUGUGUGAUGUUUUGGUCGACUCGUUCAGCUUGUUAUCCUGCCUGUGUUGACUGACAAAGGCCUCAGCUGCCGCUGGGACACGUUUGCUCGUCUGUAUUUCAUGUGUGUGUUUGUUUUUUUUAAACGAGCGUUUUCCUGUCCGUGCUGGAUGCCUCUGGAGAGCGGGGAGCGUGUGGGGAACCGGACGCGGCUCGCCCAUGUCCACGGGGCGGGCGUGGUCAGGACGGUGCCGGAGGAGGGGCGGCACUCGGCUCUGUCACUGGCCGUGGGGGGUUCUGGGUACUGAGAGACGCCCACCGGGGCGUGGCACCGUGGUCAAACAGCUGCGUCCAUCCCAGUUUCCCAUUUAGGACUUGCAGUCAGCUAUAGCAGACACCACAGAAAAGUUCAAAUUAUAAAUUAGAUGUAAAUUAAUGAAUUCGAUCUAAUUAUAAAAUAAAUGUAAAUUAUGGUAGUUGUUAUAACAAUUACAGAACACGCACGGAGUGUCUCUCCGGUGUGCUGUCUGAAGGUGUGAAAUCUUUUAUCUCACUGCUAGAGCAUUUGCAAAAUGCUUCCGGGAGAUGUUUCAAAACAUAGAAAAAUACCCCGAUGUUUUUAAAUAGAAGUUUAUAUUUUUUAAAUGCUUUUAAAUGUUUUGACGGUUAUUUUUGGUAGCGCUGAAGGCUCAGUGGUGGGUGCGCUCUUUGGGGGCCGAUGCGCAGGGGCUCAGCACGUCCCCGCCGGCGUGGGACGGGCGCUCCGGAAGGGCCGGUGUCUGCACACGUCCGAGAACGCCGCCGCUCCCCCCGCCUCCCUCGCCGCGGCUAAAUGAAAUGUUUUUAUGAGAGGACAGAGCGGCGGAGGCGUGCGAGCAGGCUGGGGAAAUCAGACGGCGUGUCCUUCUAUCGAUUCCCCCGCCGAGCCAAGGGCCAAUCUGCGCAUCUCACAUCCGGGCCGCCGCCCCCGCCGCCGAGGGCUGCUUAUCGGCUCCUCGCCGGUGACUCCGCAGCCAGUGAGCUUGUGACAUCACAGUCGCGUGACAUCAUAACUGUUGUACCUGGACAGCUUCAUAGCUAAGCAAGCUGUAGGUGGUUUAAUGCAAUUUGCUUACUAUGGACCAGUGCUACAGAAGGUAGCCAGCUGUUUGAGUGAUGUCAUGUAAUAUUGUUGCUUGGUUGCUCCCUAACUGGCAACAGUUCAGUACCUAAUGACUAACUGAGCAUUUACCAAAGCAUUAGGCUAGUGUAUGUGUACCCCCCUCUUACAGAGCUGCCCCAUUGGUUAAGCAGCCUCAGCCUCAAAGCACAAGAGCUUGACACCCUGUCUCUGGUUCAGACCUUCGCACAGGGUAGCGUUGCUGGUGCUAGCGCUGGCCUGAUCCCAGUACCAUUCACACCCAGGGCAGUGACGCACUGUGUAAUUAGCACCUUGCUGCUACUCCAUAGCCAUUCUGUCCUGCCAGAACAUUUUUGUGGAGCGGUGUGUGGGGUGGGGCUCACUCGGUCCUCACUGUGUGAGGGCAGGUUGGUCGGUGACAGUCCAAACUCAGCCUUCUCGUUCUCAUAGUGUAGCAGUCAAGGGUUUUGAAAUUUAGCAGCAUCCCGUGGCUGUCUGUGUAAGGAGGUUACAGUACAAAAACACUGUGCGGAACCCAGAAGAGAAACACUAACGAGAAGAAUGGCUAGAUCUUGUCUGACAAAGAAAUUUACUGAACACAACAACUCUAUCAAUCAAAGAACCAGCUGCACACAAAAAAAAAAAAAAAAAAAAAUACCGGAGUUUCAUUUCCGUCUUGAGAGCGACUCCUUCCUGCCGUUGUCAGGGUAUCCAGGAUGUGACUGGUACUGACUUCCUGUCCCUGUAGCCAUGGGUCUGUGCAUAGAUAAUCGAGCUGCACAUCACUGGGCCUUCCUGUUCUCACUAUGACUGGCUUUUUGACCACGGGGCCAACUCCCGAAGCCUUAGAGCCACUCCCCCCUCCGGCAGUGCUGCAGUAACAACGGUGUGGUCAGACGGGGGCGCUGUCGUGCCCUCUGUGGGUUUGAACUUUACGUGUUGUGUAGGAUGAUGUAAUGUAUUCUUCUGAACCACAAUCACCCCCCCUCCAUAAAAGCACAAAGUGAACUUACAAGGGGGGGGGCGAGAGAGAGAGAGAGAGAGAGAGAGAGAGAGAGUUGAGCGGCGAUCUUGCCCGUCGCGACUUCAGAGAAGGUUAGAAUGGAGCGUGUUUAGUUUGAAUGUGAGCAGGGCCCUCUUUCACAAAGCAGGAUUAUUGAGUUAGCUGGAUAACUGCACUCAGCAAAACCAGGAGCUCUCCUAAAUCUGGAACAUGGACUGAAGUAAAAAGAGCAGUUCCGGGUUUUACUCUGCGCGUUCAUUCGGCUAACUCAGUAAUCCUGCUUCAUGAAAUACCCCCCAGGAGAUGGUCUUAGAAUGUCAGUGAAAUGUGCGGAGCUGUGCUGAGCUGUGCUGAGCUGUGCUGAGCUGUGCUGGAAGCUUCAGUGCUGUGCGAAGCUGUGCUCUGGAAGGACAGGUUCUCUGGGUGUGGGGUAGAAGAUCACAGUCCCUGCUGCGUCUGUGUCCUCAGUCUGUCUGUAUCUCCUCCGUCUUCAUCUCAGCCUUGUCUUCGCCCUUUCUCUCUGUUUCUCUAUCCCCCCUUCUCACACUAACCAUAGCUUCAUCUGUUUUUCUUUCUCUGCUCACUGUUUAAUUAUGGGAGAAGGGGCCUGCCCCCCUCCACCCCCCGACGCACGCACAUACACACACCCAAAGUCAUGCACACACACACGCACAGGUUCACACACAAACACACGCGUGCACGCACAGAGUCGUACUCACACGCAGACGCGCGCGUACACACACGUACACACAGGUUCACGCACAAACACACGCGUGCACGCACAGAGUCAUACUCACACUCACACGCAGACGCGCGCGCGUACACACACGCACACGUGCACACACUUCCUGCUCCGCGUUUGAAACCCUGUGCUUUCUUCCGCUCGCUGGCGGGACGAUCUGGUUUUACUGUGUCGUUUCUAAACAAACUUCUGAUCCGCUCCCUUUUCGUUUGUCUUUGUGGAAACGGAUGGCCGUGCACCCGGGCCGCUCCCCAAAACCCGAGGAGGGGUCCCCGAUGCCUUCUGGGCUGCUCUCCCUGCUGUGUGCGGGGUGUGGGGUGUGGCCUGAGUGUGCGGCCGUUUGGUCUGCCGCAGAGCUCGCGCUUCUGAGCGCGGCCGCGGGUGGUCUGAGCGGCUGGGCGCUGGGGUCCCCUUUCCUUCCUGAGACACAGGCACAGGGGGUUUGGGCGGAGUGACGCUCUUCCGAAAACGCCCCGCGACGAUGACAAUCUCCGAGAGCGACCAGCACUACGGCGCGUUUAUGACAGCACGUCUGAUUGGCUGAGCUGCACCUCUGUUCCAUGGAAACGGCCAUCUUAGCGUGACUCAGCAGAGCUUUUGAAUUUUUUUUUGGUCGUCUAGGUAAAUGUAAAGCAUAAUGCACUGACAGUGCAACGGAUCUGUCGGCAGUUUGUUUGACCCUCUGAUUGGAUGACCGGCAGUAAAGAACAGCCUCCGUAGUUCUUUAACACUAGUGAUUCUUUGUCUUUUUUUUUUUUUUUUUUUUGUAAGCCAUCUGAUUUGUUAAAACGUGCACAACUGUUUUAUUUGUCUGUAGACAUGGAGGAUAAUAAGCACAUUGUGUCCGUCGUGUACUUUUGCAAAGAAAAAGCCCUUUGUCGUUGGAACGGUCUGUUGUAGUAUCUCCUUUGUUCACUCACUCCCAUCCAGUUUACAAGUCGUGGUGUGUGUGUGUGUGUGUCGUGUUUGUCUGAACUGCACUGAAACAGCUCGGUGGCCGUCGUGCCCAGGCUUCAGAAUCAGUGUCAAAAAGAUCCUCUACAAAGUGUUUACUUUAUAUGCUGUUCCUAAUAUAGCGGGCUCUGCUAAAGCCGGUGUCGUGGUGUUUGAUUGAAAGAGGUCGCGGACACCAGUGGAGCAGGUGGCAAACCCUACGUUGGCGGGGGUUUUUUUUUUUGUUUUUUUUCCAGAGAAUAUAAACAGAUUCGUGUGAAGUGGCAGGUGUUGGAACCAUUUGGAUUGAAAUGUUCAUGAAUGAUGCCAAGUAAUAAGCUAACCUUUGAGACUUGCGAAUGCUUCGCCGUGCUUUCUUUCUCCUCGCCUGCGCGCCUGUCGUUCACUGACGUUUCAAACUGCUGUAGGCCCGUCAUUUCAAACCCCAGGGGGUUAAGCUAGCAAGCAACGUAGGAGGUUUUUGUUCUUUUUUUUAAAUCACAGAUACAUUUAAAGCGAUACAGUAGGCUAAAUAUUGAGCCUUCCUGUAAUUAUGUCACUGCUGAAAACGUCAGUUGGCAUAAAUAUAGCGGUGUGUAUAUGAGAAAUUACGCGCUUAUUCUGUGUAGUGCGCAGCAGCAGCGUUAGGCUUCUGUGGGGUCUUUGUUGGGAUGGGAGAGAUGCAGUUUUCUUUUUUUUUUCACAAUGUAUGGUUUCUACAGCAACAAGCAGGGAGAGAGACAGGGCCUAUUACCACCUCUUCAGGUGGCUUAUGUGGGAGAAACACAUGGUGAGGACAGGGAGUAGGGUGAAAUUGAAGAAAGUGUGUGUGUGUGCGUGUGUGGGUGUGUGUGUUUGUGUGUGUGUAUGUUGUGUCAGGGGGAGAGACUACAAAAAAUUAAAAAGGCAAAUCAUAAUUCGAUUUUUAACAGUGAUCCUACAAUUCUUUGUGUGUGUGUGUGUGUGUGUCUCUAUGUGUGUGUGUGUGUGUGUGUGUGUGUGUGUGCGUGCGUCCAAUAUUUUUAAAGACUAAUUCAAUUUUUUGCUAUACCGGUUAAGGUGAUAACAUGCAGAGGAAAGAUUUCAGUCAUGAAUGAAAAGGAAUUUGAAAAAUAAAAAUAAAUAUUUCAAAAGGAAAAAAAAAGCUGUGUUACAUUAAGGGAGAAAUCUGCCAACAAGUACUGGUGUUUGAGGUCUAUUUUAUUCAGUGUUGGUGUGCUGCCGUGCUUAUUGUAAAUAUGCCUUUUCAAUUCUCCUUUUUUCUGCUGUGGGUGGGAGGGGCAUCACAGGAGGAGGUGGGGUUACCGGGUUGAGAGAAUUGGGGAAUACACAGAGUAUUUUGUUAUUGUUCAUUCAGAGGGUGAUACAGUAUGUAUAUAUCUAUAUUGUAUAUAUGUGAUGAAACUGCAUUGGCUCUUUGUGUAACACUACCUUUUACCUGUACUGCCGUUCUGAAGUCAGUGUUUCAGUGUUUAUAAAACAAAAUGGAUUUUUUUGUUUUUGUUAUUUUGUUUUUACUUCAUUUAUCUCGUAUUUGUUGUUUUUGCUUUUGUUUGUGCUCCUUUUUUGUUGUUUUUCUUUAAUUUUUUUGUUUAGUUUUUUUGUUUGUUUGUUUGUUUGUUUGUUAUUGCACGGUUUAUUACUUUGGCUGUCCAAUACAAUGACACAGCUACUCUUUGUAUGGGUUUAGUGCUGUAAAAUAACUCCAAAAAGUGUCAUUAGGAUUGUUGCUGCCAGACCCCCCCUUUCCCUGAUAUGCAUGAAUGGCACUUACAAAAAAUAAAAUGUUAACUUCACUGUGGAAUCA